AUGAAAGAGGAAACGGUGACUUUUGGGGGCGACGUGGCAGGCGACUGCUCGCCCAGGGAAACUCCAACCGGGACGACUCUCCAGGGCAGCCCACCAGCCGUCGCCGGCGCAACCGGGAAGACAACUACGACCCCAUCCAAGUUCUCGCAAACACCCCCCCGGCACCGGUCACCCCUCUCCCGGGGCAAUCCCCUGGGCGAGGGGAGGAAACCUGCGGCGUCCCCCAAACCGGGCGCGGUCAACCCGGUGGUUAACGACACGUCCGGGGUGGUGGAGGUGCUGGUUAUCCAGGGGUUAUGCGUCCCGGUCAACACGAACGUGACGUUCCAGGUGUAUCUGGAACUUCCGCAAGCCACUGCCCGCGUUUACCCUGACGACAGCCGCGUUUCCCGCUGGUACGUCGGCCAGUACGUCCACGUUCCGAUGAUGCCUAUGGGCGGCACCGGAACGGACGGAAUCGACGGAAGCGGAAUGUUGGACGGUGGGAUGGGCGGCAUGCGGCGAAGACGGCUGCUUGGGGUGCAGGCUGCGUAUUCCCAGGCAGGGGGUUCACAGCAACCAUACCAGACCACCCUCAGUCAAGCCGGGGUUUCUUGGUCAGGAUAUCUGGAGCAAGCAGCCGGUUUGCCCCAGGGUUAUGCAGCUGGUUAUGCUCAAGCGAACUACGGUUCUCAGGCCGGCGGUUAUCUGGCGCAGGUUGGUGGUUAUCGACCGCAGACAGUGGGUUACCAGCCGCAAACCGUCGGUUACCAGCAGACUGCGAAUCCUGCCUAUCCGCAGACCUAUGGUCAGUCCGUCCCCGGUUAUCAGACUGGUUACGGAAACUUGCCCAGCGGUUACCAAGCGGGUUAUCAGCCGGGUUACGGGCAGGGUUACCAGUCUGCUUAUGGGCAGGUUAACCAGCAGAUCUACCAGCCGGGUUAUCAGCCGGGUUUCCAGCUGGGUAAUCAGGCACUCGGUCAAUUAAGUUAUCAGUCCGGUUACCAAGCGGGUUACCAGCCUGGCUUUGAAACCGUUGUUCAGCCCGGCGUCCAGUCAGGCAACCGGUUAAGCUAUCAGCCGGGUUAUCAAGGCAGCGGUGCCAAUUCGGGUAAACAGGGUUUCGGCCAAGCCUACUCGUCAAACUCUGCCCCGUCUAAUUUCGCCCCUAAAGGCGGAAGCGCCCCCUUCGACGAAGUUCCUUCGUAUCAGUCAUACGUGGGGAGUCAGAAAGACGGGAGCAGUGUUGGGAACACCUACGACCGCCCGGGGUCGGCCGCUCAUGAGCAGCAAACGUCGACGCCGUCAACACCGGCGGGGGUAAUGAGCAGCAUGGACUCGGCCGCGUGUAUGCUUGAGAACGUUAGAUUCUGUAUCAACAGGAACGUGAUGAAUCUGGGUAUAGUGGAUGCGAGUACGUUGACCGUCGUGCUGGUGCCAGUGGCAGUUGACGAGAAUGGGGAGCAAGUGCAGCCCUCAAGUCCACCUCCUGUGACGUUUGAAAACAUUCUGAUUGAAUUCGAGUAG